UCCCCACCAAUCGAACCCUGAGGCCCAGAAAAUACAACGCAAUCCCCAUUUCCUUUUCCGUACCCCACCCUCCAUUCCGUCCCUCUCUCCCACGCAUCUACGAACCCCCCAAUUCCAAAACCAUAAUAACUAGUAGGAUUCAGGGAGAGAGAGAGAGGGGGGGGGGGAGGUACCUUGGCGUGGAUAUCGAUGGGAGCGGAAUCGGCGAUGGCGACGGGGAAGGCGAUGAUGGAUCGGACGCUGGUGUUCACGUACGGGACGCUGAAGCACGGGUUCUCCAACCACGGGCUCCUCCAGGACCUGGUCCGGAGCGGCGACGCGGCGUUCGUGGGCGGCGCCGCCACCGCGGGUCGCCUCCCCCUCGUCUGCGGGCCCUACCGCGUCCCCUUCCUCCUCAACCUCCCGGGCUCCGGCGACCGCGUCUCGGGGGAGCUCUACGCCGUGUCGCCCCGCGCCCUCGCGCGCCUCGACGAGCUCGAGGGCGUCGCCCGCGGCCACUACGAGCGCCUCCCAAUCUCCGUCGUCGUCCCCGCCAAAGGGGAGGAGGAGGUGGAGGUGGAGGUGGAGGCGGAGGCGUACUACGCGCACCGGAGCUACGCGGGGGAGCUGUGGAGGAGGAGCGGGGAGAAGGGGCUCGGGGAGUACUCGGCGAAAGAGACGAAGGGAUACGUGAGGAGGAAGGAUCGGCCGCAGGACAUCACCUUCCUCGACCAGAUUCGGAUCUUCAUCACCGCCGCACAAAAUUUAUGAAUGUUGAUGUUGAUGUCGUCGUCGUCCUCAUGCAGUUGAUUGCACGCAACAUUUUAGUUUCCAACGUAAUUUAAUUCGGAAGUUCAGCCUCGAAUAGAUUAUUUAGUCUUCAUUUCUACGGAUUUAAAUUUAGAUUUCUGAGAUAACCAGACACGUGACAAUUUAUUUGUACUUUCUCACCCUCGAAGGGCUUUGAAAUCUUCUAAGAGAGUUCCAUUGAUGAGGAAAAUGGUGCCGGCGGCAACAAUAUUCUCGGCUAUUUAAGAAUUAUUAUGAUUAUUUAAUUGUAUGAAAAUAUUCCCCUAACAAGAGAGCAAAGUUAUCUUUACAUUA